UCUCCUGCCUCGCUUAAAGUAGGACCUUAUGCUCCAUCUACAUAUUCUCCUGUCUAUGAACUUUAGAAAAGAAGUGAGAUACACAUAAUUGGCGUAGAUUCCUCGCUCUCUCGACCAUUCAAGAAGAAAAUAAGCGAAAUAUAAGAAAAAGUGGGUGUUUCGGCGAAACAAACGGAUAUAUUAUCCAUGUAAUAUAUUGUUCGACAUAACCUCUCUUGAAAAUGAACAGAGUGCUGAUUAACAGAUGCAUUUAUUUGACGCUUAAGGAUGGCAAAAGAUUUAAAGGUCAUAGCAAGUGGCAAAAUAUAAAACAUAUAAAGGCUGCAAAUGAUCACGAAAAAAUGGUACUGUUUUCUAGAUUUAGAAAUCAAAUGAAAUUUGCAAUAAAAGAGCAUGGCAGCGCAAAACCUGAAGACAAUUUGAAAUUGGCGCAAAUUAUUGAACAAGCUAAGAAAGCAAAUAUGCCUCUUGCCACAAUAAAAAACUGCAUAGAAAAGAUAGAAUCGCGGAAAGAUAAAACUAAAGAAGGAACAAUAGAAAUUCGUGGGCCAGGUUCUUAUGUGAUGAUUGCACACUAUAUGACGGAUAAUACAAAGCAAAUGCAAUUAGAGCUGAAUUGCAAAUUGAAAAAAUGCAGUGGGAAAAUCGCAGACUCUUCUAUCAAAAACCUAUUUGCACACAUAGGAAAUAUUAUAGUUGAGAAGAAGGGCACUUUAGAAGAGGCCACAGAUGAUGCUAUUAAUGUUGGUGCAGAGAAUGUAGAAGAAUUUGAAGAAGAUGAUGAACAAUAUUUCCAGUUUACAUGUGACCCAAAGGAUACCCUGAAAAUAAAACAUUUGUUGGAAAGUCGUCAAUAUUAUGUUGUUUCAGUAACAAAUGAUUAUGUACCACAUAAUGUAGUACAAUUAAAUGAAUCAGACUUGAAAAGUGCUUUUCAAAUUCGUGAAAGAAUUCUAAGUUUGGAAGAUAUUAAUGAUAUAUAUGAUAACAUAGUACAAGAUUGAUAACGUAAUAUAAAUUAAAUCAUAUACUGGUCUUAUA